AUGGGAUUUCUCUUAAAUCUCAUUUCUCACAAAUCCCCCUGCAAUCUUCUUGUCUUCGGCCUGGAGCAUCAAUAUUCUGUCCUUGCAUCUACCAAUACAGGUGGGAUGACAAUCUUUCUUGAGGAUGAUCCAGAGAAGCUGAGCACAAUUACCACUGCCAACAACACUUUAGUGUACAAACUCAAGUAUCCGACGCUAGCCAAAGAUGCCUACAAACUGCUGAAGCAUGCAAGAAAAAGCAAAAAAUGUUCUCCUUCAUCUGGUCUGCUUAAACAAACAAAGUGCAAAUUGGCGCUAAAGAACCUUCCCAAAGUAACAUAUGAAUUGAAGUGGGAUGUGGUGUUGGUGGAUGGACCAUGCGGUCAUAGACCUCUGUGUCCUGGUAGAAUGGCUUCAAUCUACACUGCUAGUUUAUUAGCAAGAGAAAAUCAUGGAAAUGUGACAAAUGUAGUGGUACAUGAUAUAGAUCGGAUGAUUGAGAAGUGGUUUUCAUGGAAUUUCUGUGUGAGAACAACUUGGUUUCAUCUAAAGGCAAAUUCUGGAAUUUUGGAAUACAAGAGAAUCUAA